UUCGAAACGAUGUAUUUGUGAUAACGCUCGUCGAUUUUCAAGGAGUCACUCGAAACCUUUGAAAUUUAUGAUGAAUCGGUGUUUCUCCUCGUUCGAGCUCACCUCAAGAAGAGAAUUUUCCAAUACCUUGCGAACUUCGAUUCGAGAAAGAAGAAAGCUACGACGAUAUCAAUAUUUUUUUGAUAUUCGGACAAAUAUAUCGAUAGGAGGAAGUUCAUCGAAUCGGCUCAUCGACCGACGAUUUGGAAGUUUCUACUCUGAGGAACGACAAUUUUUUCAUCACACGAGAGACAGAAAGAGAGAGAGAGAGGGAAAGAUUUAAAAAAUAGAAAAUGGAGAUCGAAAACGCACACCUGUUGAUAACGAGAACGAAGAGAAUCGAUAAUAAUAGGAUCGAGGAAGAUCUUCAAAUCAUAGCACUUCGUAGAAAAUUAAAACAUUUGACAAACUGGACACAGCGUUUCGUUGAUAGGCUUCCUGUUCGAAUGACCUUGAGCAAUUUGGGGAUACUGGCAGUUUUUCUUGCCAUUGUUUUACCGAAAUCGUUAACUUAUAUACUUUUGUAUCCAAUUUUUAGAUUAGUCUUUGGUACUUUAUAUCCGGCUUAUGCUUCCUACAAAGCUGUACGAACGCAAAAUGUCAAGGAAUAUGUCAAAUGGAUGAUGUAUUGGAUCGUAUUCGCUCUUUUCACUUGCGCUGAGACAUUUACGGACGUCUUCUUCAGCUUUUGGUUCCCGUUUUAUUAUGAGAUCAAGAUUAUUUUGGUGCUCUGGCUAUUGAGUCCUGCAACUAAGGGCUCGAGUAUAUUAUAUCGACGUUUCGUUCAUCCUGCAUUGACCCGUCGCGAAGCUGAAAUCGACGAAGCUCUUGCACGUGCUACAGAACAGGGAUACAAAGCUGUCCUGCAUCUUGGCACCAGAGGUGUAAACUAUGCAACUACUGUGCUUAUGCAAACCGCUAUCAAGGGGGGCGGUGGAUUGGUUCAACAAUUGAGGAAGAGCUAUAGUUUAAGCGAUUUGACUGGUGGAAAGGAUGUCGAAAAUAGAAGCUUGCCUGAAUCGCGAGACGAGACUGACAUGGAAGUGGAACCUCGUCGAAGAGAGCAUGUAGGAAGAAGAGGAUACAGUCCACGAAGGACACAAUCCAGCACCAAUAGAGUAGAAAUGUACUUUUCUGAAGUAGACGUCGAUAUGAUUCAACCAAGGCCUAGAGAACCAAUAACUAGUUUAACUAAUAUCAGAUCGUCCGACGAUAUAUCCAGCGGAUACAGUAGUGGUGAAGCAUUGCAAUCACAUCGAGUAACAUCCCAAGGUGACACUUUGGUUAGAACAUCGAGUGUAGGAGCCAGGACACGCGUGAAGCCUCGCUCGACAACAAAAAAAACACCUGAGGACACUGGAGAGGAAUCCGAGUACGACGACCUUCUUCCAUCGCCAUUAACCUUCCUAACUCCUGAUCAAGUUCAUCAACUUUUGUUAUUCCUGACUCCGAACGAUGAUCUUCAGAAGAUGAAUAACGAGUUUUGCCACUCUACCACGCAGCAAGAAGACCAACAAGAAGAAAGUAGCAUGAAAUUUACCGGCUGCUGACCGCAUAAAGGAAUAAAUGAUUGAAAAAAAAAAAGAAGAAAAUCAGAAAAAAAAGAAAGCAUGAAAACAACAAAAAGAU